GACCCCGAUGGCCGACGAGACCACGCCCCUUCUCUCCCGCCGCCGCCGCGCGCCCCCCUUUUACGCGUAUCCCGCCAUCGUCGCCGGCCUCCUCCUGCUCUUCCUCCUCGCAGCCGUCGCGAGCGGAUACAACCUCACCGGCGACGAGGACACGUGGGUGUCCAAUCUCGGCGCGUACGCACCCUUCGUGUCCCUCCGCGUCUCUGGGCUGCCGACGGGAUGUAGGAUUGACCAGGUGACGGUGUUGCACCGCCAUACCGGCCGCUAUCCUACACCCGGCGCGUCCGAACGCUUGCGGGCGACACUAGCCAAGCUCGCCAACGCGACGGUGCCCGCACACGCGAGCGGGGCCGCCUUCCUCCGGGCGGCCGACUUUGAGAUGCACGGAUGGGAGUUUGGCGAGCUCACCGAUCCUGGGCGACGUGCCGCGUGGGACAGCGGGAAAGACCUCCGCCGCCGCUACGAUCUUCCCCCCUUCACCCGCUCUGCGGGCGGCUCGCGCGUGCUCGAGAGCGCGCGGCUCUUCCUCCAAGGCCUGCAGGGCGCAGAUUACGACCCGAAGGCGUGGCCUGCGAUCGACCUCGUGAUUCCGGAGGGGGACGACGCAAACAACACGCUGUGCGUGCAUAACUGUGCCGCGCAGCGCACUGGGUCUGCGGGUGUAGGCGAGCGCGCCGACGUGCUCCACCUUCUCGCACCGGCGAGCGCGCGGCUUUCCAAGCUCCUUAGCAUUGAUUUGGAGCCGGAAGAUAUACCCAACAUUGCGGGAAUGUGCGGAUUCGACACCGCACGCACGGGGGGAUGGAGCGCGUGGUGCCAUCUCCUGCAUCCUGAUGAGUGGGAGGCGGUGGGGUAUGUCGCCGAAGUUGAGCGGUGGUAUGCUUUCGGAGGCGGGAGUCCAUACUCACGGACCAUGGGCGCCGGCUGGGUCAACGAGCUCAUAGCGCGCCUCACGGACUCGCCUGUGAGCGAUAACACGUGUACCAACCGUACGCUUGACGCAAACCCCAAGACCUUCCCUCUCGGAAAGCGCCUUUUCAUUGACUUUACGCACGAUAAUGAGAUGGUCGCGAUUCAAGCCGCUUUGGGAAUCAAGCGGCACCUCCCCACGAGCACUGACAAGGUGCCGGAGCGCCAGUGGGUGCUCUCCUCGCUUGUCCCAUUCGGCGCGCGGUGGAGUUUUGAGCGCGUCGUGUGUGGCAAGGAGAGAUAUCUGCGCAUGCUCGUCAAGUAA